AUGUCUUCGGUUCAUGACGAGAAACCACCUCCUCCGCCAUUAAGAUACAGUAGUAGUACUUCUAAUGCUUUUCGUGAUCAGUCAUUUGUGGAAUUGAAGCCAUUGCCACGUGAACCAAUGUCAAAUCCAGAACAUUAUGGUUCUCUACCUGUUGUUAACAAGAAAACGAAGAAAAAAACUUUCGGUGGAAAAAAAAAUAAGGAAAAAGAAAGGACAAACGAUAAACCUGUCAUUUCAUUACCAAGCAAUUUUGAACACACUAUUCACGUUGGUUAUGAUCCAGAAACUGGCGAAUUCACGGGUAUGCCACCAAUGUGGGCGCAGUUAUUACAAAGUGCACAAAUUAGCAAGCAGGAGCAACAGCAGAAUCCUCAGGCUGUGCUUGAUGCCCUAAAGUAUUAUACGCAAGCUGAUUCGUCUCAACAGAAAUGGCUGCAGCCAUCUUCGUUUGAAGGUUGUUCAUUAAUUCACCGAGUUAACGUAGAACAGCAGCGACAGCAGCAACAGCGAGAUAUAAAUGCAGCAGCACACCUUGUUAGUCUCUGUUCCAGUUCGUCGUUAUCACAUCGAGGAAAUUAUCAGAAUGAAAGUGAAAAUGAACCUCAGGGACCAAUACAACAUCGACAUUUGCUGACUGCAUCACAGAAUAACACAUGUCACCGCGGGUUAUCGACAUCAACACAUACGGGUUUACUGAAAAGCGAACAGUUAGGUAGCUAUACACUUUAUAGUACUAGUGAACAUCUUUCUUCAGGAAGCAACAGUAAUUCAUCACAUUCAUCAUCAAAUACCGAUCAACAUACUUCACAUCCUACGGACUAUGCAGUUCCUGCAGUUCUUGAUGAUGAUGAAUCAGGUGAUGUUCCCGCACCACCUAUACCUGAUCGUCCUGCGCGUACUAUAUCUAUUUAUACAAAGCCAAAAAUGGAUGAAGAGAAGAUAGAAUUGUGCAUGAACAAUGCUUUAAUAACCGGCGGUCAUUUUGGUCUCACUAAUCGAUCAGGAGGGCGUCGAAAAAAAGUAUCUGAUUCCGAGGUGUUAGCUAAAUUGCGGACAAUUGUUACAAUUGGAAAUCCAGAUCGGAAAUAUCAAAAAGUAGAUAAAAUUGGUUCCGGAGCAUCAGGAUCGGUAUUCACAGCAAUCGAAAUCAGUACAGGUGCAGAGGUUGCAAUAAAACAGAUGAAUUUGGCGCAGCAACCUAAGAAGGAACUUAUUAUCAACGAGAUACUGGUGAUGCGUGAGAAUAAGCAUGCUAACAUCGUUAAUUAUCUUGACUCUUAUCUCGUUGGUGACGACCUCUGGGUAGUAAUGGAAUAUUUGGCAGGUGGUUCACUGACGGAUGUGGUAACGGAAUGUCAAAUGGAAGAAGGAAUGAUUGCCGCUGUGUGCAGAGAAGUACUACAAGCACUGGAAUUCCUUCAUAGUCGGCAUGUGAUUCAUCGCGAUAUUAAAUCAGACAAUAUCCUUCUUGGAAUGGAUGGUUCUGUAAAACUGACUGAUUUUGGAUUCUGCGCACAGAUAAGUCCAGAACAAAGUAAACGUACAACCAUGGUUGGUACACCUUACUGGAUGGCCCCAGAAGUAGUGACUAGAAAGCAGUACGGUCCCAAAGUUGAUGUUUGGUCACUAGGCAUAAUGGCAAUUGAAAUGGUGGAAGGCGAACCACCGUAUCUGAAUGAAAACCCAUUAAGGGCCAUCUACCUGAUAGCGACGAACGGAAAACCAGAUUUUCCGUCACGUGAAACCCUCUCACCUUCAUUCCGUGAUUUCAUCGAUUGUGCGCUAGAGGUGUCAGUGGAUGAGCGUUAUUCGGCCAACCAGUUGCUCACUCAUCAUUUCUUGAAAUGUGCCAAACCACUUGCCACAUUGUAUCACUUAAUCAUUGCUGCGAAAAAGAGUAUUGCUGCUUCAACCUGA